ACAGUCUAUCACUGUCAACUCAAGUCAAUUUGUGUAUGAAAGUGAAUUAAGUGGAAGAGGAAAGAAAUCUAAACAAUACUAUUCUCUAUUUUUAUGAUAAAACAAAACACUCUACCUACCUACUGAUAUAAGGCAAAAAAGAAAUAGUUUGAUAGGUUAACAGCCAAAAUGAGCUCAACCAUAACAGUGAUUCCAGUUGCUGAAGCACCCGUAACUGAAGUUCCCACAACCAAGGAUUUAGUUGAUGCUCCUGAAAAAGAUCCACCUUUCGGAGAGGUUCCCGUGGUAGAUACUCCAGUUGAAGAGAUCGUAGUUAAAUGUGAAGUAAUAGAGAUAUCAGAUGAGGAAGAUCCACCUGCAAAAAAGAAAAGAAAACGUUAUGUGCCCAAAGAGCGACGCCCAUGCGACCACUGUGGCAAAACGUUCCAAACUGGUUACGAAUUAAAGAAGCAUUUACGAACACACACUGGGGAGAGGCCCUAUAUGUGUACUACCUGUGGGAAGACAUACACACAGCUCGGGCAUUUGAGUAUACACCAAUUGUCACAUAAAGGGAUAAAAAACUUUGUAUGCACUACAUGUUGUUCUUCAUUUUAUAGAAAAGCAGAUUUAGAUCGCCAUGAGAAAGUCCACAAUGGUAUCAAGCCAUAUGCAUGUGAAAUAUGUGCUAAGACUUUUACACAAAAGACCAAUCUAGUAAUGCAUGUGAAAAUGCAUAUCGGAGAUAAGAGAUAUGAAUGUCCUGUGUGUAUGAAGAGAUUCAUGACCAGAAGCAAGAUGGUGCUACAUUCCAAGAGACAUGACAAGGAUAAAAAGAAGAAUGAGACAGAAUGAUUUUAUAUUUUGGUUUUAGUUAAAGAGGUUUUUGUUUUAUACUAUUCUAGUUGUACAAUGGAUACCAACUAGUGUGAUAUAAUGUUACUUAAGGGUGUAGCCAGGUUUUAGUAUCAGGGAGGGUUCAAGUAAAUAAAAUAACAUAUUCAUUAGAAUAUUGAGAAAUGGGGGAGUUCUUAUUAGAGCAGUGGACAAUAUAGGCUAAAUAAAAAAGCAAUGUCAUGAUAACAGAAGUUGCUUUUUCAUUUAACCUAUAUUUAUAACACUUGUGUUAUGAUUUUAAAAGAAAUUGUUAAUACAAAUCUUAAUACAAUGGUAAAGAUAUUGUAAUGAAAACUAAGCCAGGUAAAAUUUUGAACUACCCAUACAAAUAAUUUGCAUGGGGACCUAUAUUUGUAUGAAAAGUAAAAAUUCAGAGUUCUUUUCCAGACACAUGUUCUAUAGUGACAGUUGUCUUGUUGAGAAUUCAAACCACAUAUUUUAGUGUAGGAGUACUAUGAAUGAGAUAAGCAGUCUUUAAUUUUAUGAAUGUCUUAAAAUUAUAUCUUUUCUGGGUUUUGAACCCCCAAAACCCUCCCCCUGGAUACGCCUGUCAUGUCACUUAAACAUCACAAUGAAUUGAAUUUGUAUUUAUUUUAGUUGAAUUUAUACAUUGUUAGCUAAACAUAGCUAGCAUGCUGUCAACGAGCAUCAAUGAGCUGGCAAACUUUGCCAAAAGAUGUAGGGUAUAUAGCUACAUCUAUGCAAGCUAAGUUUAGCUUAUGAUGGAUGUUCAACACCAAAAUACAUGUUGAAGGUUCAGCUAUAAAGAGUUAAGAGCUUAAUAAAGCUUACACCAGUUGUCCAAGCCUUAUGUUAUCUUGGCCUCUCUGAGGUAUAUUAUUAUUUUCAAUAGACAAAAACUUACAUACAAAACAAAAAUUACAGCACAUAUAAUUUUUUAUUCAAAUAUAUCAUCAUAUGAUACUAAAGUACGCUUAGGGUCUUUAGGUGGCGGAGCGUUACGAGGUGAUGCAGAUGGGGUCCAAGCGCCGGUGGGCGGCGGUCGGCGUGCUGUGGUCACUCUCCAACCUUCUUCAUUUCCAUCCAAAGCAGUCUGAGCAUGACUGGCAAUUUCACCGGAAUCAAAUGUUAAGAAUACCCUGCAAAAACAAAUUGAAAACAUAAAUGGCAGGCAAGCAUAACAAGUAAGCAGAUUGAAAGUGUAUUGCAAUAAUCAGUAGUGAUGGAUAUUUUGGCAUGUGUAGUGUAUUCUAUUCCAGAACCUUUGUCCAAUUGCCAUGUGUUCUCCUUUAUGUACACAUGUGCAGCCAAUCAUACAUGGUCACAUUCAUAUGUACAAUAGUAUAUAGUAUUACUAUUGCUUUUUGUAUUAAAGUCAAGGGAUUAAGGAUUGGGAUACCAGUGCAGUGUAUCAAACAGGUGAUAGGACAAUUAAUGUAAGUAAUAAAGUCUGUGAGACAUAAA